AUGGAGAAGUGUAACGAAAUUCGUGAAAGGAGCGGUCUGGAGCACAGCCAAGAUCUGUCCUCACUGGUGAUCAAACCGGUACAGCGAAUUACUCGAUAUCGGCUGAUGCUUGAGCAGCUAUUGAAGAACUGUAAAAAUAAUGUCGAUGAAUUAAGGGUCUGCAUUUAUCAAAUUCAUUCAUUCAAGUGCAAAUUUGUCGUGUACUAUAACGACGAAACGCUCGCUGGACAAAAUAAAUAUCGCUGUUUAUUGCAGGAAGCGUAUGACGUUGUUGUUAGUGUGCCACGGCGAGCCAAUGAUCUGAUGCAUCUCGGCAAUUUCGAGAAUUACCAGAAGCUAGGUGUUAUCGGUGCAUUUGUUAUGCAAGAGCCAUUCAUGGUCUGGGAUCCAAAAGCAUAUUUCAAGAAAGCACGUGAACGACAGGUCUUUUUGUUCGAACUUUGCGUCGUGUUCGCCAAAAAAAUCGAACUGUCCAGUCGAGCAGUCAGAUAUCUGGCUGAGAUAAAUGUUUGUGAGCAUGUAGAGGGCGACUCGAGCAAAUUUGCCUUACGACAAGGAAACGUGCCGAACACCGAGAUGCGCACCGAGCUCAAGGCUGCAAAUGAGCAGUGUAAGGUGCACUGGGUGAAGAAAAUCCGCGAAUUAAUGCAAGGACUGAUGACUGCCAAUCUCGGUAAUAUGUUUUUUGAAGUAGAAAAUAUCUUCUUCACUGCAAAAGCUUUUCAAAAAUUCCGAAGCUUCUCACAUUUCUGCUGUGGUCACAUCAAAAUUCAGCUUCCGACAGGAGAGAGUUUGUUUCUGUGCCCGUUAGCCAAAACAGUUACCUCUUGGCUUGACCCUGCUUUAUUUUCUUGCUGCCAACUUUAAAA